CGUCAGAAAUGAACCUCAACAAAGGGAAGAAUAUCGUCAUAAAAAUGUUCGGAAUGGCUCUGAUCUACAUUCUCAUCUUCAAUAUUGAGACCAGCGAUACUCACGAACUUGAUAAAGUUGUUAUGAAUUUAAUUGUCGAUGUAAUUAAUUCGCUAUAUCAUCCGAGUCUCAGUGCCACCGUGUUCAUGUGUGAAAAUACAGAUAACGUCAAAGGGGUUUCCGAAUUUUUAUCGAAGCAUUAUAAGCUGCAUACUAUUGUAAUACUUUCAAAGAACCAUCAGCUGAACCUGAAUGACUUCAAGUUGAGUCAUAAAAAUUUUUAUGUGCUUGACUUGGACUGUCCAGGAUCCACUGAAUUGAUUGUUGAGAUAAACAAACAUAAGAUGUUCAGCGCACCCGGAAAAUGGCUGAUCCUUCAAGAAUCCCGAUCCUCACUUUCGCCCAAUGAAACUCAGAUAAAAAACAUAUUCGAAAACCUAAACGUCUUUCCCGACAGCGAAGUCACUAUAGCUCAGAGAAUCGACGAUACUCUGGUGAAACUCCUCUCAAUAUAUCGUCCGAAUGCUAUCGCAAGCCUGAUUAUCGAAUAUCGCGGCCUGUGGAGCAACAAGAAUCCUCUUCAGCUUCAAAAUAAUGAAGAAACAUCACGAAGAAGAACGAAUAUCAUGCGGACGCAGUUGAGAGCUGCCUGCGUGAUAACAAACCCAGAUACAAUGAAUCAUUGGGAAGAUUUUAAAGACAGAAAAGUGGAUGGAGUGUCCAAAGUUGGUCGAGCUUUGACUAAACUUUUGGCGGAUCGCAUGAACGCAACAGUUCAUUUUACGUUUACACCCACUUGGGGGUAUCAGUCACCAAAUGGCAGUUGGGACGGAAUGAUCGGCGGACUUCUCCGUGACGAAAUCGACUUAGGGGGCACUGGUAUAUUCAUUACCGAGCCGCGGCUCACAGUAGUCAGUUACAUACACCUUUAUACGCCCACUAGAGUGAGAUUCAUCUUCCGGCGGCCACCGCUCUCAUUCAUCAGCAAUCUUUUCAUUCUGCCGUUCUCUGGAAACGUCUGGUUCGCUAUUGUCAUCUUCUGCUGUCUCGGCUACACUGUAUUGUACUUCAGUUUAGCACGAGAAUGGAAGAUAAUUGAAAAAAUAGCUUACAACGACAGAUUAUGGGGAGAUCUGGAGAUAAAACCUGCAUUCGGUGACAACUUUCUGAUUGUCAUUGGUGCUAUCACGCAGCAAGGCUCCGCCUACGAACCAAGAACUGGUCCAGCUCGCAUAGCAGUCUUUAUGCUGCUGGUUACGUGUCUGAGUUUAUAUGCUGCUUAUACUGCCAACAUUGUCGCUCUCCUGCAAUCGUCUUCGGAUUCCAUCAAGAACGUUAAGGACCUCAUGCAGAGUCCGCUGGAACUCGGCCUGCAGGAUAUUGUUUACAACCACUAUUACAUGGGGAAAUUUGAGGAUCCACUGAGGAAAGAAUUCUAUGAACGUCGGAUAAAGCAUCUCAAUGAUCCGUAUAUGUCCACCGAAGAUGGAAUUCAUAAAGUCAGAACUGAACUAUUUGCUUUUCACACUGAUUUAGUCAUGGGAUACGACGUCGUGAAGAGUACUUAUGAAGAGGAUGAGAAGUGCGGGUUCGAGGAAAUCGAUUAUCUUUACGUGUCGGAUCCGACUUUCAUCAUUCAACGACAGUCGCCUUACGUAGAGAUCUUCAGAGUUGGCGGGUUGUGGCUAGAGGAAACGGGUUUAGCUCAGCGAUUCAUUGAUAAAAUAUACCACAAGAAGCCAGAAUGCAACAAUCAGAAGAAAUUUAUCAGCGUUGGUACUGUAGAUUGUUAUGCAGCUUAUCUCGUCAUAGCUUACGGACUGGGAGUGACGCUUGCAAUACUCGUAUGCGAAAUCCUGUGGUUCAAGAAGUUCGAUCAUUACUUCUUCGAUAAGAAAUUUCCGGAAAUCGACGACGAAGCAGGUAAUCGCGAUGUUAACUCCAUUGCCAGUGGUACUAUAUCUGAUGGAACUUCCGAAGAGGACCUGAACUCUAGGAGAAUUGAAGAGAUAUUUUUCAUGAACAUACAAAUCCCAGAAAAAAAACUAAAACUCACCAGAAUAUCCAGCGCCUCUACAGCCGUCGCAUCUCCACGAAACUUCACGAUGCGUGACACGCGGUCAAUAAUUACCUGGCUAUCACUUACCUUGUUGACCCUCGGACGAUCCCAUCGGAUGGAUAAAGUAAUGGAAAACUUCAUCACUGACGUCAGCUCAUCAUUUCUUAUCUCAUCCAGCUUCACCGGAUUUUUCUGUAUGCAACCAGAUGACGCGGGGGAAUUCUCACGAGAAAUCUCUCGGAAAUAUCUUCUGCACAACAUGGCGUCUUUCAACGAUUCAGAUCUCGCGGAUAUCGAUCAAGCGGUCGCUCAUAAUAAUUACUUCGUUGUUGAUUUGGAUUGUCCGGACGGUGUUGACUUCCUCCUAAAGGUGAAUAUGAGAAAACUGUUCAUCGCUCCGGCCAAAUGGCUCCUACUACGGGAUUCGCGAGAUCAGGAUCGACUGACAGGAUUACCUUCUCUGCAAUCGAUGGUAGAAAUCACCGAGGACAAGUUGAUCAGUGUCUUGAGCAGGUUUGACAUCUUUCCUGACAGUGAAGUCAUCGUCGGCCAGAGAUUAAACAAAACUACUGUAGAGCUGUCAUCGAUAUAUCGCCCCAGUUCUGAUCACAGCGUCAUCAUCGAGGAUCUAGGAAGUUGGGAGGACGGCAGUGGAUUCCGUCUCUGCAGUCACGAUCAUUCUUCGAGGAGGAGAGUCAAUCUCCGAGGGACUGUCUUGAAAACAAGUCUCGUGAUGACAGAUCUCAAUACUCUCAAUCAUCUCACUGAUUAUCAGGAUAAACUGAUUGAUGCGGUUACCAAAGCCAGUUAUAUGUGGAUCGUAUAUCUUGCGGAACGAAUGAAUGCAACCUUCAACUUUACGGUGGAACGCACAUGGGGGUACAAAAAUGAAGAUGGCAAUUGGAAUGGAAUGAUUGGAUUGCUGGAUCGCGGGGAAAUUAAUAUCGGCGGCACUGCGACUUUUAUGAUAUCGCAGAGAAUCGGAGUCGUUGACUAUGUCCAACUGUACACACCAACAGGGUCGAGAUUUUUAUUUCGACGACCGCCAUUAUCAUACGUCAGCAACAUCUUCACGCUGCCCUUCGCCCGCUCUGUUUGGAUAGCUAUCGUAGUUUUCCUAUCCAUCAGCUUCGUGUUUCUGUACAUCGCCAUGAAGUGGGAAUGGGAGAAGAUUCAGGUGAUACCAGUGGAAUUUCGACUGGGGGGAGAUUUGGAGAGGAAACCCACGGUCACUGAUAAUCUUCUGGUUUUACUCGGUGCUAUUUUCCAACAAGGUUUCUCGUGUGAACCUCGAACAAUUUCAACGCGAAUCGUCGUUCUCAUGGUCCUUAUCAUCGCUCUGAGUUUAUACGCUGCUUACACAGCUAAUAUCGUCGCCCUUCUUCAAUCUACUGCAGAUUCAAUCAACACCUUGGACGAUCUGAUGAACAGUCCAUUGAAGAUCGGGAUAUUUGAUAUAGUUUACAACAGAUACUAUUUCGGAGCCUUUGAGGAUCCCGUGAGAAAGGAGUUCUACGAGCGGUUGGUGAAAGAUAAGCCAGCUGUUUGGAUGCCCCUGGAGGAUGGAAUUCGAAAAGUCAAGGAGGGACUGUUCGCUUUCCACGUGGACUUGGGAUUCGGUUAUCAGAUGAUGCAGGAGACCUACACGGAGGAUGAAAAAUGUGGGAUCGAGGAGAUUGAUUACUUGAAUGUCUAUGAUCCACUGCUCGUCAUCGAGAGGCAGUCGCCCUUCAGAGAAAUUAUACGGGUCGGAGCGCUAUGGAUCGCUGAGACAGGACUUAAACAUCGUGUUGCCUCGAAAUUCUUCACCCAGAAGCCACCUUGCAGUGGAAGCACGAGCUUCGUGAGCGUUGGAAUCAUUGACUGCUAUGUAGCCAUGAUCGCCAUCGUCUAUGGCUGCGCCAUCAGCAUUGGAAUCCUUCUUCUGGAAUGUCUCUGGCGAAAAUGGAUUGGGGGCCUUCGGAAGCCGGAAAACAAUUCACCGGAGACUUUUCCUAAAUCGUCACUGACGGCAGACGAUCUGUCGGUAACACAAUCAUCACGGAGCCUUCAGAUUGAAGAAAUUCUCAGAUAAUCAGGUUGAUUGGAAGUGAUAGUAUUGCAAUUGUACAGAUGACUAAUGAGAUUACCCUACGUUAUUAUUAUAUUGUUGAUAACUGAUAAAAAUGGUCGCGUUAUUGCGUGACUACCGCGAGAGCAACAGCAAUUAUGUAAAUAAAAAUGAA